ACAAUAAUGAGAGGAUAAUGUAACUUGAGUGGAACAACAGCGCGCUGUAUACAUAUUUUUACACCGGCGCGCCGAGACUUUCGGCAAAGAACCGGUUAACCUUAAAUUAAGAAAGCGAGAGAAGCUCUUAAUAUGGCGAGAGCGUUGAACCACAUUCUUCAGAGGAGACACUUGAUCACUCAUAUGUCAAGUGCCCUGUACUGCUUCAGUAUUGGUCCCUGCACUAGGCACGGUGCUCGCUACUCGACAAAGAAAUCCGUGAGCAAGGUCGACUCCAAUGAAACCAAUAAUCAGGUACAGGUUGGCACUGCAGAAGUAGUUAAGGAAAACCUGAAAUCCGCCGGAUACCUCGGAGUAAUAGUCGGUGGCAUCGGUGUUACGGCCCUGAUAAUAUAUACCUUAUGCUCGGAGCUGUUCUCCAGCAGCAGCCCGUAUGCUGUUUACAGCGAGGCUCGCGUCCGUUGCAUGGAACAUCCGAAGGUCAUGGAUGUUCUCGGGGCGCCUGUGAAGGCCUUUGGAGAAGAGACUCGUCGUGGACGUAGAAGACACAUCACGCAUUUGUAUUACGUCAAGGAUGGCGUCAAGUAUAUGAGACUGAGAUUUUACGUGCAAGGAACGAGAAGGCAGGGGACGGUGUACGCGGAAGUGAAGGAGAACGCGUCCGGUGGCUACGAAUAUUCAUACCUGUACGUUACGGUGAAUCAUGUCGGAACGAUCGUGGUAGAGGACAAUCAAGAUACGUCUAAAACGCACCAAGCUAACGGAUCAACGAUGGAUUUCAACUUGUUACUGGAUAAUCACUAGGUGUAACUGAUAUACUGAUAACGCAGCAUCUAAUGUAGCCUCAGUUUAUGAGCUGUUGCAAAAAUAUCACGCAAUGAGACAUCUCGCGAUGUAGUUUGAAUGAAUCGAUAAUUGCGCAAUAAUUUCUUUAAUUAAUACUUGUAAAUAGCGUUACUAAAAUAUGUAUACAAUGAAAUUUGAUAUAAAAUAAUAUAAUUUUUUAAUUUAUUGUAUGUUUCUAUACACAUCUUUAUUCGGUGUUGAUAACAGAAGAUUGUUAAAUGUCAAUUAUUGUCUCUUAAGCAAGAUAGGAUGAGAGCUGAUUAAGCCUUCCGGAAUAAAAGUCUCAGUUUUCCUUUUUA